CAGCCUGGCAGAGUUGGGCGCGGCAGGUCGGGGACCCGCGGGGCCGGUUCAUGGGCUCGCGGCCUGGCGUUCGGUGCUCAGUGCUCGCGCUUGCGGUGUACUUGGCCCUGGUUUCUGACCGCCCGGAGCUGUUCUCAAGCGCUUUAUGGCGAAUAACUCAUUCAGUCCGGCACGAUAUUCCGAGAUGUAAGAAGUGGAUUUAUUUAGAGAGAAACACUCCACAGACAAGAAUGUUGACUGUCUCAGCAGGCGAGAGUGGCCUUGAAAUAUGGCGUGGGACACACCCAGCAACACUUGAAAAAGAAAGGCUGUCAGAAUUUGUUCCAUCUACAAGUCUUGAAGCCAACAGAUUGAAGAAAAGCAGUUGGGGGGUCUUAUUUACUGGCAUUGUUGGGGGCACGCUGGUGGCUGUGUAUGCCGUGGCCACACCAUUUGUAACACCAGCCCUCCGAAGAAUUUGUUUGCCUUUUGUACCUGCAACUACGAAACAGAUUGAAAAUGUUGUGAAAAUGUUGCAAUGCAGGAGAGGACCCUUGGUGGACAUUGGUAGUGGUGACGGACGUAUUGUGAUCGCAGCUGCAAAGGAAGGCUUCACAGCUGUGGGGUAUGAGCUGAACCCCUGGCUUGUCUGGUACUCCAGGUACUGCGCUUGGCGGGCAGGGGUGCAGGCGUCGGCCAGGUUUUACAUCUCAGACUUGUGGAAGGUCACUUUUUCGCAGUACUCAAAUGUUGUUAUCUUUGGUGUGCCCCAGAUGAUGGCGCAGCUGGAGGAGAAGCUCGAGCUUGAACUCAAGGACGACGCGCGGGUCAUCGCUUGCCGGUUCCCCUUCCCGAACUGGACCCCGGCGCAGGUCACGGGGGAGGGGCUGGACACGGUGUGGGCCUACGACGCGCGCUCUUUCAGGGGAAGAGAUGGGAGGCCCUGAAGACCCGUGCACUUCCCGUCAGUCAUUCCUGUACAGGCUCUACCCAGAGUUUCCUGAGGUGUUGGAGUCUUUGAUCUUCUAGACACUUAAGGCUGUGUCUUCAGCAAAGAUUAUGUUUUUCACCACUGUGGAAUGAGAAAUGACAAUUACUUUCCCUGACUUGUGUAGAAAAUAAGCAGAAGUUGAGGCCAGCAGGUAGAUGAAAAGCCCCUUUGCAUGGUGUGUGCUGACAGCACUUGGACGUGCGAAGAUUCGAGUAAGCUGUGCUCACGCUGAUGGCUGGGAGAGACGUUAGCAGCUCUGCAGAUUGUAAAGGAUAUGAUUUGAUGCCACAGAUGACAAGAAAUAAUUUUUAAAGAGGGAAUGUAUUGUAAAUGCUUGCUGUUUCCUAUAACUUUAUUCAUACUUUAGAUUUAUCACUUUUUUUUUCUUUCUGUACUUCAGGACAAGAUUAAUUUUCUAAAGGUUUAGAGAAGUGUCAUAUUUUAUAACACUUUUUUUGGAAUAACUUGUUCCAAGGCUAUUGGAUUACUAUAUUUUGUCAAUCUUAGAUGUGUAUGUGUGUGUAAAUCUGUGUACAUACAUGCACAUUUUAACAUUUCUGAAUUGUGACAUACCUUCCAGUUGAUGGUGUUUUGUAACCUAAUUGGCAGUGUGGUAUUGCACGGCACAAUUGUAUGUCAGCCACUGUUGGCAGAGUCUCAGAUUGAUGAGCUGUGGUAUUCAGAGAAGAUACAUGCUGUGGUGGAAUAGCUGGUGUUGAUUUGAUAGUGAAGUAAACCAUCCUGAGCUUUGGUGCAAGGCAGACCUGGGUUCAGAGCCCCACUUCAGCAGCAGCAGGGCCUUGAGAUCGCUGUCGUUGGGGUGGUGAUGUGCUGAACAUGGCGCUGGGGUCUGACCUGUAGAACUCUCAGCACGGAGUCUGAGGCCUGUAAGUGGUGUUUAUUAUUUCAGACACUAAAGAGAAGCUUGUUAACAGAAGCUGCAGAUUAUUUCUGCUAGUCACCUCUUUAUUUUAUGAAAGCUGCCAUUUAUUUAAUAUUUCUCGUUUGUGAGAAGAGACUUAACUGAUUGAGAUAAAGACACAUCAAGAAAACCUUUGAAUGUUAGUAGAUAGACUUCAGAUAUCUGAAAAAUGAAUAUUGACUGGUGGCUCGCACAAUCCCCGUGUAUCACAGAAAGGAAUUAAACUCCUAGUAAUACAUCUGAAACCUGAACACCAAACCAUCUUGAGAGGUUUGAUAAAAUGAGAUGGUUCGCAUUUUUAACUAAACUGAUAAAAAUACGAUCAGUUUGAUAAUCUUCAUUUUCAUGAGCAGCAAGUGGAGACUCAUUCAUUCAACAAAUGCUUAUUGACUGUCUACUGCGUAAUAAACUUUUCUGAUUCAGUGGUCGGUGA